GUUUCUUGCGUUCACCCGCUGGCCUUGCGUAGGGGCGAUGCCUGAGUUCUCCCCGAAGAUCAAGGUGGUUCAAGACACUCAGGCAAUCCUCGCCAAUGGACGAACAUGGGACGUCACCUGUACCGGGAUAGAACUCAUCAAUAAGGACGCUUCCCUCGGCGGGCUCGGUUAUGCUGAAGCGAAGUUCAUCCCGUUCACGCCAGCGGCGCCGGCAAGCGCCGAUCCUGUUCCCUCAAACUCGAAUGCCCGCCCGGUCCAGGGUUCGAAGCAGGGUCUGCGCAUCUUGCUUGAUACUGGCUCAAGCGUAUCGUGGCUGCCCCCCCACAUCAUCCGUCAAAUUGCCGCCCACUAUGGCGACCAUACCAUACGCAUGCGCCAGUCGACCAAAUCGGUGACUGGACCCGAGUUCAUCGUCCCGAAGAAGGGUCAAACCUCGCUCCACAAGGUUGCGCUCUACUUCGAGGGGUUGGAUGGGAACACUGUUCGGGUUGAAGUUCUGGCCGAUCAAUUCAUCUAUGGGGCGCACCCGGAGACUGGCGCACUGGAAGGCUUGAUGUUUUCGACGGAGAACCGUUGUGUUUUCGGCUUGAACUGGUUUCACGCCAAUUGGGUGAAGAUGUGUGCCCCGAGGGAUGAGGAGCCUUACGUUCAGUUGGCCUUGCAAGAACACGUCCCAUUUAUGGUCGUUAGGCACCAGCUCCCGCCAAAGGAGAAGGAGACGUCGUAGGCUCGUACCUCAGGA